CGCUGUGCCUCUUGUCUCUUCCAGCUCAGGGCUGAUGUUGUCCCAAAGACUGCAGAGAACUUCCGUGCCUUGUGUACCGGGGAGAAGGGUUUUGGUUACAAGGACUCAACUUUUCACCGGAUCAUUAAUGACUUCAUGUGCCAGGGCGGUGACUUCACGGAAAAUAAUGGCACUGGUGGAAAGUCCAUCUACGGGGAAAAAUUUGCUGAUGAGAAUUUCAAACUGAAGCACACAGGACCAGGUAAAGUAGAUUCUCUCCGAACUGCAUUGGCCUCUGGCAAAGUUUGCCCAGAAGAGGAAGUGAUGUUGGCUUUCCAUUCCCUCCGUAAAUGCUCUCUGACCCAAUGAGUUCAUCCUGCGCUCUGUGUCUUGUUUUAAGUUUCUGACAUCUGCAGCCACUUGUGUCAUUUGGGGGGAAAGGGGCAUUGGCUGUUAUGGUUUUGGUUUUCAUUUAUACAUUUGUGUCAUUGUUCAGUUUUUGCUGGUUUUCACAACCAGAGAGCGGUGCUGAAUUAAUAUCUACCUUCUUGGUGACCCUCGGACUAUCCUUGAUAACUUUGCCUUGCACUAAACAUUAUUCCCUCAUCAUGUAUCUAUACUCUGUAAG